AGGAAGGCGGAAAAAAAAAAUCCGCCGGGUUGCCAACGGAAAAGAAGGCACAAACACGAGGCUUCCAGUCCAAGCGAGCAAGCGAAGGGGAGGGGGAGAGCCGAGAGCGACAGCAACAGAGAGGGCGGCCGGCAUGGGGAUCGUGGAGGCGUGGGUGCGGGAGAAGCCCAUCCGCACCUUCCUCGCCCGCCUCUCCCAACGCCGGGCGGAGGCGGCUGCCGCCUUUCUCGCCUCCCCCUCCGGCGCCGCGGCCGUCGACGGAGAGAGCGGAUGCGACGGGAGCAUCCCGCAGCUAUCCUCCAUCGCCAACUCCGUCGUCUCCCGCUGCUCGAGGAUCCUUGAUCUUGCAACUGAAAACUUGCAGCAAAGUUUUGAGACUGAUUUCCCAGAUAGUUGUAAGGAGCAUAAUACAUAUGCAAGGGAGCUAGUAGAGUACUGCUGCCACAAAGCUCUUCAUGAAGUAACUACACGCCCGGACUAUUUGACUGAUAAGAAUCUUCGCCAUUUGAUGUUUGAUAUGAUGCUUGCAUGGGAAUCUCCAGGUGCCCAGGAUGGAUUUCUAGAAAAUGAUUCUACCUCAUGUAAUUCCCUUGAGACUGAAGAUGAGGACGAGGGAUCGAUUUUUUAUGCAAAUUCUACAAGAUUGGCUGUUCAAGUUGAUGACAAGAAGAUAGUUCGGUUAAGUGCUUUUGCACGGAUAGCACCUUCAUGCCCAAUAGUAGCUGACUUGGUUACUGUCCACAAUCUGUUUGAUGCACUUACAUGUUCAUCUGGAGGCCAGUUGCAUUUCCUUGUUUAUGACAAGUAUCUCAAGAGUUUAGACAGGGCAUUGAGGUCUGUGAAAGGUAUCAUGCAGUCACCACUUGCUUCGAGUUUUCAGCUUGAUGCAGGGGAGUGUAUAUUAGCUAUGGAUGGAGACAGGCCUAUUCGUCCUGUACUGCAACAUAUUGGAAUAUCAGCAUGGCCAGGAAGAUUGAUCCUUACAACACAUGCUCUUUAUUUUCAGAGUAUCAGAGUAGGUUAUGGUGAUAAAAUUGUUAAAUACGAUUUAACAACAGAUUCAAAUCAAGUGAUUAAGCGUGAUUUGACUGGACCAAUGGGUGUUCGCCUCUUUGAUAAGGCUGUGAUGUACAAAUCAAGCACUUUAACAGAACCAAUUUAUUUCGACUUCCCUGAAUUAGGAGGUUCCUCACGAAGAGACUAUUGGUUAGCGAUCACCCGUGAAGUAUUGCAGGUGAAUAGAUUUAUCAGGAAGUUCAACCUUGGAGAUGUUCAGAGAGCAGAAGCACUCUCCAAAGCUAUUCUGGGCAUCUUGAGAUACUCUGCUGUGAAAGAAGCUUUUCAUAUUGCUCCUUCUCACUUUAAGACAACCCUUACUUUUAGCUUAGCAGAAAAGCUUCCAAAAGGAGACAUGGUCUUAGAAGCCCUAUAUAAUAACUAUUUCCAGCUUUUGGACACUUCAUUGAGCCAUUUGGAAACUGAAUCAAUAGUUGACAAAAUGCCACGGACACAUUCUGUACCAUUUUCUUUGUACGCUCUCUCGAGAAUGGGAUUUAUUCUGCUGCAGAGAAAAGAUGAAAUCGAAAAGGAGAUAAGCUUUUGUGCUGUUUGCUUUGGUGUUACAAAAUCUCUGGAGGCUGCUCUUGAAGAGUCAUUUUGUUACUCUGAGAGAAUAGAGUCAGCACGUGCGACAGUAGAUCAAGUAAAGGUGGAAGGUGUUGAUGCAAAUAUUGCCCUCAUGCAGGAGCUACUCUUCCCUUUCAUUCAAGUAGGCAAGCUUAUUUACUCUCUCAGCCAAUGGGAAGAUCCUCUUAAAUCACUUCUAUUCUUAGCUUUUAUGCUGUACGUCAUUCAAAGGGGCAUUGUCGGUUACAUAGUGCCCUUUGUUUUCUUAGCUUUUGCUGUUGUCAUGCUUUGGCAUAAGUAUAUUGGAGAUGGAAAAUUGCUGGAAGUGCUUGAAGUAAAGCAGCCUCCAAGUAAAAAUGCUGUUGAACAAAUCUUGACCCUGCAGGAGUCUAUAUCCAAGUUAGAAGAUUCUCUGCAGACUGCAAACAUUGCUCUUCUGAAGUUCAGAGCUGUCUUGUUUGCAUCUGUUCCAAAGGCAACUGAAAUGGUCGCAGCAGCGCUUAUUGCUGCAGCUGCAAUUCUAGUCUUCAUACCUUCCAGGUAUCUGCUCGUGAUGUUAGUUGUGGAGGUGUACACAAGGGAGAUGCCGCUAAGGAAACAGAGCACUGAGAAGUUCCGCAGGAGAAUUAGAGAGUGGUGGGCUCGCAUUCCAGCUGCACCUGUGCAGAUGAUCAGACCAAAUGAAAACAAGAAAAAGAUAUGACCAUGGGCUCUCAAAAAGGAGAAAAGAACCCACAAAUUUCCCCAUUUCCUCGUUUUAACCUGACCAGCUAACAUGUAGAGAUUUCAACCCUGAUUGCGCUUGCAAUCAUCGUUGCAAUGAAAAUGCUUACCGAUUAGCCCUGAUAACCAAUGUACAGAGACAUUGCUAUGGAUGUAAAAUGAUGAGUGAUCCUUGACUGUCAGACAUUUAGAAGUUAGGAUGAUAAGCUUCUGGAGUUCUUAUGCGAUUUUAUGAACAUAAUUGAAUGAUUGGUUAACAGUGGCGCUCUUUCCUGCAUUGAACUA